CGCUGAGGGGGAGCGGGGCGGGCUGUGGGCGGCCGAGGAGGGCGGUUCGCCCCGCGGCCGCCGGGGGUGUGUGUGGGGCGGUUCGCCCCGCGGCCGCGCCCCCCACCCCGCGGUGUAUAAGCGCCGUUCGACGGCGAGCGGGAGCGGGUCCCUCCGGGGCGGCCAUGGCGGCGCUGCGCUGCCUCCUGCUGCUGCUCUGCGGCGCCGCGCUGGGGCCCGCCGUACACCUCGACUUCGCCGAGCACCGCAGCCAGGCGGCCAAGAUCAAGGUCAACCCCCGCGGCAACCUCUGGGCCACAGGUCACUUCAUGGGGAAGAAGAGUGUCACGGGCUCCCCGCACCUGGAGUCGCCGGAGGAGCCUGCAGUGCCGAUGGUCUUCGGUCCCUCUCUCAGAGCCCUGCUGGAGGACAUGAUGGAACUGCUUACCCGCGAGCUCCUGAAAAUCCUCUUGCAAGAGAGACUUUUGGAUGAGAACCAAGGGAAAUAUGACCUCACUGACCAGGAGACAGGGCUUUUAACAAAGGUGCUGGAGAAGUAUUUUUCAAACUGAAGGAGCACGGCCGUGGAGGAUGAGGUCUGCAGGCUCGGCCACGCGUGGCAAAACGGAGGAGAGCAUCGUCCUUGUGGGUUACUGUAGCAACAUCACUUUUAUUUAUUAUUUCUGUAAUAUUGUUAAUAGUGAUUGCUUGUAUGAAAAGCAGAGCCUCCCUGUAUAUUUCCUCUGUUUUCUGGUUUCUUGAUGUCUGAUGUGCCCCUGUGAAUAAAACUGGC